UAUUGUCAGGAAGCGACUGCUUCCUGUCAUCCUCCCAACACUCGACUGGCUCUUCUGAAGGAAACCGACCAAACAAAGAUAAGCCAUCAUGAUUCCCAUCACAGAGCUCCGGUACUUUGCUGACACCCAGCCAGCGUAUCGAAUCCUGAAACCAUGGUGGGACGUUUUUACUGACUACCUCUCAAUCAUCAUGCUGAUGAUCGCAGUGUUCGGUGGGACGCUGCAGGUCACGCAGGACAAGAUGAUCUGCUUGCCUUACAAAUGGCAUGACUUCAACAUGUCAUGCGAGGUGAUCCAGCCUGUCUUUAACGUGGUCCCCACGUAUCCACAUGAACCCAAAGGCAUUCAGUACAACCUUGACCGUCACCAGUAUAACUACGUAGAUGCUGUCUGUUACGAAAACAAACUCCACUGGUUUGCUAAAUAUUUCCCCUAUCUGGUGCUAAUCCACACCCUCAUCUUCCUGGCCUGCAGCAACUUCUGGUUCAAGUUCCCACAUACGAGCUCAAAACUGGAGCACUUUGUCUCCAUCCUUCUCAAGUGCUUUGAUUCACCAUGGACAACGAGAGCUUUGUCUGAGACUGUGGUGGAGGAGAGAGACUCUAAACCAGUGGGGAAAUCGAAUGGUUCAAUGGACAAGAAGACCUCCAGUGUGAGCGAGGAUGUAGAGGCUAGUAUUCCCAUGCUCCAGCGAACAAAGUCCAGAAUAGAACAGGGAAUUGUGGACCGCUCUGAAACCGGGGUUUUAGAUAAAAAGGAAGGGGAGCAGGCCAAAGCACUUUUUGAGAAAGUGAAGAAGUUUAGAAUCCACGUUGAAGAAGGUGAUAUAGUAUACCGCCUUUACAUACGCCAAACUAUUAUUAAAGUUAUCAAGUUUAUACUGAUUAUUAGCUACACAGCUUACUAUGUAAGAUACAUCAAGUUCUGUGUAGCGUGCCCAGUGAAUAUUGAGAAACUAACAGGGUACAGUAUGUUUUAUUGUGCUCACCCAUUAGCGACUCUGUUCAAGAUUCUGGCCUGUUUUUACAUCAGCCUGGUUGUGGUUUAUGGUCUCAUCUGCAUGUACACCCUUUGUUGGAUGCUCAGCCGCUCCCUCAAACGAUACUCCUUCGAAUCAAUCCGAGAGGAAAGCAGUUACAGCGACAUUCCCGACGUCAAGAAUGACUUUGCCUUCAUGCUGCACUUGAUAGAUCAGUAUGACCCUCUCUACUCCAAGCGCUUUGCAGUAUUUCUGUCCGAGGUCAGCGAGAACAAGCUGAGGCAGCUGAACCUCAACAACGAGUGGACCCUGGAGAAGCUCAGACAGCGCAUCACCAAGAACUCCCAGGAGAAACUGGAGCUGCACCUUUUCAUGCUCAUUGGAAUCCCAGAUACAGUAUUUGAUCUGGUUGAGCUAGAGGUGCUCAAGCUGGAGCUUAUCCCAGACGUCACUAUUCCCCCCAUCAUUGCUCAGCUUUCCAACCUGAAGGAGAUGUGGCUCUACCACACACCAGCUAAGAUUGAGGCUCCAGCUCUGGCUUUCCUGAGAGAAAACCUCAAGUCACUCCACAUUAAGUUCACUGAUAUCAAGGAGAUCCCUCUAUGGAUCUACAGCCUGAAGAACCUCAGUGAGUUGCACCUAACUGGGAACCUGAGUGCUGAGAACAAUCGUUACAUUGUCAUUGAUGGGCUCGGAGAGCUCAAAAGUCUCAAAGUGCUGCGUCUGAAAAGCAACCUAACCAAGCUGCCACAGGUGGUGACUGACGUGGGCGUGCACCUUCAGAAGCUUUCCAUCAAUAACGAGGGCACCAAGCUGAUGGUCCUGAACAGCCUUAAGAAGAUGGUGAACCUGACAGAGCUCGAGCUCGUUCGCUGCGACCUCGAGCGCAUUCCACACUCCAUCUUCAGUUUGCACAACCUGCAGGAGAUCGACCUGAAGGACAACAAUAUGAAAACGAUCGAGGAGAUCAUCAGCUUCCAGCACCUGCACCGCCUCGUGUGCCUGAAGCUCUGGUACAACCAGAUUGCCUAUAUUCCCAUUCAGAUUGGAACACUGACCAACCUGGAGAGGCUUUACCUGAACAGAAACAAGAUCGAGAAGAUCCCCAGCCAGCUCUUCUUCUGCCGCAAGUUACGCUUCUUAGAUCUGAGUCACAACAACCUGACAAGCAUCCACCCUGAUGUGGGCUUCCUCCAAAACCUGCAGUACUUUGCUGUGACAGCAAACAGGAUUGAGACUUUGCCCCCGGAGCUGUUCCAGUGCAAGAAACUGCACACUCUGAAUCUGGGGAACAACUGCUUGCAGACGCUGCCAUCGCGCUUCGGGGAACUCACCGGGCUGACCCAGCUGGAGCUGAGAGGGAACCAUCUGGAGUGCCUCCCGGUGGAGCUGGGUGAAUGCAGUCGGUUGAAGAGGAGCGGCCUGGUGGUGGAGGAAGACCUGUUCAACACGUUGCCUACAGAAGUCAAAGAGCAGCUCUGGAGGGCCGAUAAGGAGCAAGCUUGAGCCAGAUGGAGCUCAAGAGACGCAGCAGUGUUGACGACACGGGAGGAGAAACGUGAAGACUUGUCAUCCAUUUGAUAACUUGGAAGGACCAAUAAAAAUAAGGACAUGAAAAACCAUCUGAUAUAUUCUGUUGGUUAUUUGUUUCGUACAUACUAUAAAGUUUCAAAGAUGCUGGAAGUUGAAGUUGAACAUGCA